AAGAAAUGAGGGUGAAAAGGAUGGAUCAUGAUAAAGUCGUGGACCUACAAAGGAUAGCGAACGAUAAAACAAGGAUGACCACUUACAAGAAGAGGAGAGCCUGUCUUUACAAGAAGGCUGGAGAGUUCUCAACUCUCUGCGGCGUCCAGACAUGUCUCAUCGUCUACGGGCCCACCAAAGCGACCGAUGAGGUGAUUUCCAAACCUGAGAUAUGGCCGGAAGACGAGACCAAAGCCAGAGACAUCAUACGCAGGUACAGAGACACAGCCCCUAACAGCUGCAGGAAAGAAGCCCACGUCGAGACUUUCGUUAACGAUAUAGGUAAGGCAAAAGAGACGGAGAAUCAUAAUAAUACGAGAGGGAUACAUAACAAGAAUAAGUAUUGCUGUUGGGAGGAAAAGCUAGACAAGUGUUCACAGGAGCAGCUACGUGGGAUUUUCGAUGACGUGGGGAACAAGUUACAUGAAGCUGUAAUGAGGCAAAACCGUAAUGCGAUUAGGGCUCAUAAUCAAGCCAUGGAGUCACAUUACAUGUCACAAUACUAUGCUGGUCACCAGCAGCAACAGUCCUUGAUGUUCCCAUAUAAUAAUAUGAGUUUCCCGUUGUUCUCAUCGCCUCAUGAUGAUCAGAUUCCAAUGGAGCCGAUUCUAGUGGAUAAUUUUGCCGACUCAGUGGUAAAUCAAGGCUUCAUGAUGUCGAAGGGAAACGAGGGUACUCAGUUUAUGCAAAGGCAAGCACCUUAUCAUAAUCUUGAAGCCGUUGUACAGAGGUCUGCAUCUUUUAAUCUUAACCCGUUCCUGGGUUAUCAAGUCCCAUAUAAUAUUCCUCGAUUGCCUGGUAAUCAAGCUGAAAUAUGGGAUUUUAUGGCGAAGAAGCCGAUUUGAGUUAGGUAACUUUAUUGUUUUCUAGGGUUUUAUGAUUAGUUUAAUUGUUUCAGUUGGUUUUUUUUAUGUAUGCUGGCUU